CAACAAAUUAAACAGAAAGCCUGUUUUUUGACAGCAGCCCAUUCUAGUAGUCAUCAUUCCUUUUCUAGUUGCAGAGAUUAUUGGUGGCUUGUAUCAUGGCUGACCCACCACCCAACAUCACCAUAAUCGUCCUCUUUAACCUCUGUCCACCUAUUUAAAAGCCUUUGAUCUUCAUUUUUCAUAGCAGCUUUCAAAAAAAUGGUCAACCUCAAAUGGGAUUUUGGUUUUCUCCAUGUUUUUCUUGCUAUCUUCUUCUUUUUCUCAAUCGAUUUCUUUGUGGGUACUAGUGUUAUUGCAUCUUCUUUGACAGACCCAGUUGCCCAGCGAGAACUAGACAGGGUUCUAGAGCUGCCAGGCCUGAACUUUAAUAUUAGCUUUCAACAUUACUCUGGGUAUGUCACUGUCAAUGAAAAAUCUGGGAGAGCUCUCUUCUAUUGGUUCAUUGAGGCUGUUGAGGACCCUGAUUCCAAACCCCUUGUUCUUUGGCUCAAUGGAGGACCUGGAUGUUCUUCAAUUGGUUAUGGAGAAGCAGAGGAAAUAGGCCCAUUCCAUAUCAGGCCAGAUGGGAAGACUCUUUAUUUGAAUCCUCAUUCUUGGAAUCAAGUUGCAAACAUUCUGUUUAUUGAUUCCCCUGUUGGAGUUGGUUAUUCAUACUCAAACACUUCCUCUGAUUUGCACAAUAAUGGUGAUAGAAGGACAGCUGCUGACUCACUUGCAUUUCUGCUGAAGUGGUUUGAGCGUUUCCCACAGUAUAAAGGAAGGGAUUUCUAUAUCACUGGGGAAAGCUAUGCUGGACAUUAUGUUCCUCAGCUAAGUCAAGCCAUUGUGAGGUACAACCAAGCAACAAAGAAUAAGGCAAUUAAUUUGAGGGGUUAUAUGGUGGGAAAUGCUCUGACUGAUGACUACCAUGAUCACUUGGGGAUUUUUGAGUUUAUGUGGGCAGCUGGUUUGAUUUCUGAUCAAACAUACGAGCAACUUAAUCUUCUUUGUGAUUUUCAAUCAUUUAUCCAUUCGUCAGAGUCUUGUGAUCAGAUUCUAGACGUUGCCAGUGAAGAACUUGGAGUCAUUGACCCAUAUAGCAUAUACACUCCUCCCUGCAAUUCAAAUGUAAGCAGGUCAAAUAAGUUGCUCAAGAGGAUCCAUAAAAUUGGUGAUGUCAGUGAGAAGUAUGAUCCUUGCACUGAGGCACACGCAGUUGUGUACUUCAAUCGACCUGAGGUUCAGAAGGCACUACAUGUUUCACCUGUAUUUGCAUCAUCCAAUUGGGAAUCAUGCAGUGAUAUUGUAAGCAGUAACUGGAAGGAUUCACCUAGGACGGUGCUGGAUGUUUAUCAUGAGCUCAUACGCGCAGGACUCCGAAUUUGGAUGUUCAGUGGUGAUACAGAUGCUAUCAUCCCGGUGACGUCUACUCGCUAUAGCAUAAAUGCUCUCAAGCUUCCGACGAUAAAACCUUGGCAUGCUUGGUAUGAUGAUGGACAGGUGGGCGGAUGGAGCGAAGAGUAUGCUGGACUUACCUUUGUUGUGGUGAGAGGAGCAGGACAUGAAGUUGCUCUUCAUAGACCUAAGCUUGCUCUUACACUCAUCAAAGCCUUUUUAUCAGGAACAUCAAUGCCAACAUUUGAACUAAUUGAUGCCUCAUGAUGAUUCUUGUUUAUCUUGGAGACUUGAUCAUUUGAACAUUGUAUUAUUGGAAGGGUUAGUUCUUGGAUUGCUUGCUUCAUAUUCUACCAACAUUCUUUCUUGAAUGUGAAAUGCAAAUGUUGGGAUUUAUUUUAGUAUUGAUUGAUGGAGUAUGAGAUUCUUGGAGUC